UCCCUAUAAUCUAUAUAACCUGAUAUUUAUUAGAGAAGAUAAGAGUCAAGAAAUGGGAUCCUCACAUUUUCUUUUCUUUUUCCUUCUCUUUAAUCUCUUCUAUCUUCUUUCAGUGCAUCGUUUGCAAUCUCCACCUCUCUCCACAGGAAGACCUGCAAGAAAGUACCUUGGUUCAUUGUUUUCCAAUCCCGAAUCCGAAUUCCUCAAAGUCGAGGUUCACGAAGACGAGCUCAAUAGACCAUCUGCAAAAGAUAUUUCCUCCAACAUACCUGAAUAUGAAGCAAGUAUCGACCGUAUGGGCGAACUUGUCUACCACAUUGACUAUCAUGGAGUGACAACGCAUCCAAAUCCGACGCCCAAACAUCCAUAGCCAUAGAUAACAUAUCAAUUUUAAAGAUGAAAUGAACUAUUCAUACGUGUACUGAACUUCAGAUACUCUCUUUUGUUUUAUAAUCUAUCAAAUGCUCGUUUUUUU